AUGCUUGCUUCUACCCUCCGAAGAUCCAUGAUGGCUGCUGCCAGACCCAUGGCCAGACCCACUGGUGUCCGUGCCUUUUCCAGAUCCUCUAUGGCCCUUUCUGCCAAGGUCACCACUCAAGAAAAGCAAACCGUUUCAAAGUCUUUGGAUGAUGUUGACGGUGAAGCCUCUCUUUUCGGUGAGGGUGGUAAGCCCAAUACCAUUCCUACCGAUUUCGAGCAAGCCACUGGUUUAGAACGUCUUGAGUACCUCGGUAAGCUCAAGGGUAUUGAGAUCUUCGACGACCAACCCCUUGAUGCUUCCAGAAGAGGAACCAUUGAAGACCCUAUCAUCAUUGACAGUUAUGACCAUGAAAGAUACGUUGGCUGCACCGGUUCUCCUGCCGGUUCCCACGAGGUCCAAUGGCUCCGUCCUUCUACCCACAAGGUCGGCCGUUGUUGGGAAUGUGGUAGCGUUUACAAGUUGAACUACAUUGGUACUGAGAGCGAGCACCACCACUAA